AUGUCAGCACAACAAGAUUACGCAGAUACUAUGGAGAAUGUAAAUCUGAAUCCAAAAGAUACGAUACAAGGAAACUCAACAGCUGAUACAGAAAAUAAUCCACCAAGAAGAACUAGAGGAAAAGGAAAGAAGAACCAACAAGAUGAAAUGAAUGAUAAAGUAGAAAGUCAAAGUAAGCAAGGUGGAGAAGAAGAUAACGGAGGAGAAAAGAAUAAAAGUAAUGAAAAGGAAAAGGACAAUGGAAUUAAAGAUGGUGGCGAAGAUCAAGAGAGUCGAGACACUGAAGGAAAUGAGACUCACGUUAGGACUGAUGACCAAGUUAGUAAUAGAAGAGGGAUUUUGUCAGGUAGAGGUUAG